UAUUUUCCGAGCGGCAACGGUGUCCUGUCAAGAAAUGUCCCCCCAGCUACAGGGAAGUCCAGUGAUUGUAGCUUGUUUGUGCGCGCGAUGCUACGUCGCAUUGUUUAGUUGAAGUUGUUUGGCAUCGCUCAAUUGAAUUUGAGUUACAAAUGGAUACCAGAGACUCUGAAGAUAAGCUCUCUCGUCCCAUGACUAGAUCGACACGACGGAUGUCAGGUAAAGGGUCGAGUUUUGAGGCAACUCCUAGGCAGCCUAUAAAGAGGACCAAAAGAAAAAAAGCACAAGCUGACGCUGCUGAUGCUCCUACAUCAGUUAAUGGAACCAAAGAUGGGGAGCCUGACUUUGAAGAUGGAGAGUCCCCUAGCAAGAAGAGCCGACUGGAUGCUGAAGAAGCAGUGUUUGACGAGAGCGCUGAAAGUAAGAUGGAUGUUGAGGAAUCAUCUGGAGACAUUCAGAAAAAUGAAGGCCAGGAAAUGGAUAUUGAACGGGAUUCCUUUAAAGUCACUGAUCUGCCAAACAUACACAAAGAUGCUCUCGGAGACAGGAACUUAAAUCCCCGUGUAGUGCUUGAUGAGCUCUACAGACCCAGUCUUAAGACUGAGGAUCCCAACUUGAUGAAAUCCAAGAAAGUUUCAGCAACACCAGCACCUAAAGCACCUGCACCCCUCACCAAGCCUGUCGCACAGAUCAGCGCAACAGUGAACAGACAUCAUUCACCGGCUCUCAAGCCGUCCAGCGUGGCAGACUACAAGAGGACGAUGAUGCUCAAAGCCCAGAGCGCUGCCUCAUCUUCAGAUUUAUCCAAAGUUAACCACCUUACCCCAAGUGUGCAUCCGAGACGUGUGAAUAACGUUCCAAGAAAAGAGACUAUUCAUUCCAAAGAAUCUGACAAACAGAAACCUGUUGCUACCAAGACACGCCCCAGAAAUUCCUCUAGAGGGUUCACGUGGUGUUUGUGGGGUUUAGUUCGCCUGGUAGUUCUCCUGUUAGUUCUCCUGGUACUAUUUGUGAUUGGGACAUUGCUGAUAUACAAGAUCGUCCCUUUACUCCAAGACAUGAAACGUGGUGGAGGGCAGUCAUCCAGGGCUGUGAAGCCAGAAAGGUUUGCUGAUCAAUUGUCUGAUCUUCAGACUCAGUUCCCCAGUCAGCGGCCUGAGUUGUGGAAGUUGAGCAAAAUCCACCUGGAGAAGCACCUUAAAACAGCCCAUCCCUCUGAGCCAGUCAGUCUGAUUUUCACUGCAGGCCAGAAGGCUGAGAGGACACUGCAGUGCCUUGCUCGGGGUCUGGCUGCUUCCUUCUCAUCUGCCCUCAAUGCCUCUUUCCUUGACAUUGAUGGAAAAAGCAAAGCAGGCCAGGACAGUGAUAAGGUGAAGUUAGACAUUGACAGUCAGCUGCAAGCAGCGUUUGAGGGAGAAAAACCUGUGGCCAUCAUUCAUCGUUUGGAAGAGCUGCCACCAGGCUCCACUCUCAUUUUUUAUCGCUACUGCGACCACGAGAAUGCCGCAUAUAAGCGGGUUUUCUUGUUGUUUUCUGUGCUGCUGCCUCAAGAUGAGAUCCCGAAGGAAAAGGGUUUAAAAGAGGUGGAAGAGAUGGUGCAAGACUAUCUUAAGGAGAGGCUGGUGGACACCGGUGGCAAAACUUAUAAUAUAAUGAAUAAUGAUAAGUUUGGUGGUCUGUGGAGUCGCAUCUCCCAUCUUGUCCUGCCUGUGGUGUCUGAGGUGGAGAAGAAAGGAUGCUAAAAAAACCAAGCUGCCUGAUUCUUCUUUGCACUGUACAAGGAGCUACGAGAAAGGAGAAACGUGGAAGUAUGAUGUGUGCCGUGAUAAUUCAUUUACAGCAUUCGAUAAUUGUGGUAUUCUCUUUCUCUCAGAGAUUACAUUGUACUUAAAUUGAAGUCAAACGCAUAUGAUUUGGUUCGACUGCACAAAAAUUUAAACAGUUUUUACUCAUGCAUGCAUGUUAAAAGAGGUUACAGUGUUACACCAUCAUUCCACUUCACAAGUGUGGUGAUAAUCUUUUCUCAUGUGCAUGCAAUCUACGAAACACAGACUGACUGAGCUGUUUAAUUUUUUGUUGCCUGUUAAAGCGUGCAUCGUUUCUCAGCAGCUUUUAAUGACCAUCUCAUUUUUUUCAUCAUCCUCAGCUUUUCUUUACUGGAACUAAAAAAAAAAG